CAAAACAAGAGUCUCAACUGUCACCCGAGCGAGUCAACAGAAAAAAGCGUAGGAACAGAGAAGAAGAAGCAAGGACGAUGAGGCCUGAGAUUGUGUUGUUCGGAGACUCAAUCACCCAACAAUCCUUCCGAUCAGGUGGCUGGGGCGCCGCUCUAGCUGAUUCUUACUCCCGCAAGGCCGAUGUAAAAGUUCGUGGGUAUGGAGGGUACAACACGAGAUGGGCACUGUUCUUGCUGCAGCACCUCUUUCCUUUGGAUUCUAAGAAACCUCCUGCUGCUGCCACAAUUUUCUUUGGGGCCAAUGACGCGGCUGUUUUAGGCAGAACAGGGGAACGGCAACAUGUUCCCGUUGAAGAGUACAAGGAGAAUCUCAGAAAAAUUGUUCUUCAUCUCAAGGAGUGUUCUCCCACCAUUUUGAUUGUGCUUAUUACUCCACCACCUGUUGACGAGGAUGGCCGUAAUGAAUUUGCACGAUCUUUAUAUGGUAAGGAUGCUAGUGGACUUCCAGAAAGGAUGAAUGAAGUGACAGGAGUUUAUGCGAAGAAGUGCAUUAAGCUGGCUGAGGACAUGGGUCUACGCUCCAUCAAUCUUUGGUCCGCAAUGCAGGAAACGGAGGGUUGGCAGAAGAAAUUUCUAAGUGAUGGGUUGCACCUAACACCAGAAGGCAAUGCUGUUGUCCACCAAGAAGUCAUCAAAGUUUUCAGCGAAGCAUGGCUUUCUGCCGCGGAAAUGCCUUAUGAUUUCCCUCACCACUCAGAAAUUGAUGGGAAGAACCCUGAGAAAGCUUUCCAGCAACGAUGCAUAUAACAUAAACUCUUCGAUUGCUUCAAGUUUUACAAUUUUUCACAAGCAAAUGCUAUAUUAGCAUUCACCCCGAAACACAUUGCUGCUUCUGAAGAUGUGACAUAGAGAAGUGCCAUUAUUCUUUUCGCUAUUUGCUUGAUUAGUAUGUACAACAAAACUCUCUUUGGGAAACUUGAAAUCUUUCCAUAUCUUGUUCAUUCAAAAUUGUAAGAGUGAAUUCUAUUUCGUAUUCGGAGAUUGA